UAUGUCAUAAACCGCAUCACAAACUAAAUUAGUUGUAUUCAUAUUAUAUACCACUUCUUUCAUUUACUUCUUGAAUUUUGAUCCUUUUUAAUUAUCUUGAUAUAUAUCAUGGGUGUUUUUACUUUCAAUGAUGAACAUGUCUCAACCGUGGCUCCAGCUAAACUCUACAAAGCUCUUGCAAAAGAUGCUGAUGAAAUUGUCCCAAAGGUGAUUUCUGCUGCCCAAAGUGUUGAAAUUGUUGAAGGAAAUGGAGGACCAGGAACCAUUAAGAAGUUAUCCAUUGUUGAAGAUGGCAAAACCAACUUUGUGCUACACAAAUUAGAUGCAGUAGAUGAGGCAAACUAUGGAUAUAACUACAGCUUAGUAGGAGGAACAGGGUUGGAUGAAAGUUUAGAGAAAGUUGAAUUCGAGACAAAUAUUGUUGCUGGGUCUGAUGGUGGAUCCAUUGUUAAGAUUUCAGUGAAAUAUCACACCAAAGGUGAUGCAGUUCUAUCUGAUGCAGUACGUGAGGAGACUAAGGCCAAAGGAACUGGUCUUAUCAAGGCUAUUGAGGGCUACGUCUUGGCAAACCCUAAUUACUAGCCAAUUAAACCCUAUUGAGGACUUUAAUUUGGGUUGUGUUGUUUUAUGCGAAUAAUAAUUAAAGUUUAUGAUGUAGUUGAAUGUGUGUUGAGUAUACAUCAAGGUCUUUGGUUCGUACAUGUGUGUUGGCUAUGUUGGAUGUUGUGAGGUUUGAGUGUUAUUUUGGGUGUUUAAAAACAAAAACCUAUGUUGUGUUGGUGAUAAGGUUUUGCACCAUUUGUAUUCUGCAAUAAAUAAUGCAAAAGAAUUUUAUAGCACUUUCGGUUAUUUGAAUUUAA